UUCAUGGACACACCUGAGCCGCUGCUGGCCUCCCGGUUGGAGUCCACAUUCAUGACGUCCUACCUGUCUGAGCCGGGCUCCAAUCGGAGGAGGAAGGAGGCCAGGACCCUUAUAUAUUGGAGGGACUGGCUGAUCGAGGUGGAGGAUGGAGAUACGAGUCUCACCCUGGGGGCGGUUUUGGCAUUUGCCACAGGCCUCAAAUGGAUUCCUGCUGUGGGUUUUCCCAUCGGACCCCGGCUUGAAUUCCUCCAUGAGGAAGAUGGACCGGCCCUUUUCCCCACGGCCAAUACCUGUUCCCUGGUCCUCAGGCUACCGGUGUAUCCGGAGUACAAUCGAUUUAAGGAGGCCAUGGAGGAAGGAAUAACCUCCUGUGGGAGUACCUUUGGCGUGGCCUAAUUUGGUGCCCAACCCCGUGGAAGGACGCUUGGAGCGCCCCACACACACACAGGGAAGGAUGCUUGGAGUGCCCCACACACACACACACACACACACACACACACACACACCUUUUUUCCCACUCAUGACCUGCACCUUGACGUGGUGAGUGGGCUUUCCACCAAGCCAGGUCAAACUAUUGUGUUCCAGCCUCACUAUGUUAAAGGUAAACAAAAACAAAUGUCUGACUGCAACAAAGUGCUCUAUCUCUGUAAACAAUGGGGAAUUACAAAAGUCCUACAUGGUUGAACUGUAUCUUCCAAAUGUUACAGACAGACUUCUCAGUGACAUGGCUGAAUUCAUUGGCUUGGCUGCGUUCUGUUCCUGUUGUGGUAAUAAGAAGUAGAGCCCCCCAUCUUCAUCUGCCUGGAAGCUGCCUUCUCCGGGUCAACUUCGUCCUGAAUGGGCUUCCUUCCAAUCGGGCCCUGCUCCUCACAUUAAGCAUAGCCCAGCUUUACCCAAGACGCAGAUGUUUUUUUCACUGCUAUCCCUCAAUAAAGUUUCUUUGAUGUGUUGUUAA